UUUCUUUUUAAGUAUAUAUAUUUUAGAACAAUAGUAUUCCUAGAACACAGUUCAGCUUAAGCCUGGUUCCCACUGUUGUAAUAAGUAUAAGCAGUGUAAACACGAAAAAUGGAUGCUGAAGAUGGAGAGGAAGUCAAUGUUCCAGACCACAUACUGCCCUUAUUUUUCACAAGUAAAACACAAGAGAUUUUUGAAUGCAAAGUGGAUGAACAAGUUACAGAAGAAUUCCCUUUCAAAAUCAUCACAAAGGAACAAAUAUUCCAGGACUUCCGGGAUCGUGCAGCUAUUUCUGAUUUUCAUCCAGCUAAAAAGAUUGUUGAGAAAUAUUCCUCAGAUGAGUUGUUGGUUGUGUAUGAUCCUUUAUUUUUGUAUGGACAAAAUUUUUAUCUGGUGACAGAUGAGGAACAAAAGAACCUUCUAUUGAAUCCACCCCAACCUGAGCCAGAUGAAGAAUUGCUAUAUGAAGAUGUAGCUGUUGAAAUAAGAUAUGGUUUGCGUACACCACAGCCAUGGGUAUCAUUGGGAAGUGAACAAGAUGUUAUGGAUGAAUCAGUGAUUGACACUCGAGAAAAGUUAAAGUUUACAAUAUGCAAGCCACGGGAAAUGUUCGGCGGUCCAAUCGUACUCAAUGAUCGUGAAGAAGAAAACCUAAAGGAUGUUUUCGUUGAUUGCAUAUCAUAUGAAGAUGAGUCGCUAUCAGUAGAAGCAAAAGAAUUAGAUAAAGCAAUCCAGCAUGUCUCUGCUGUUGCAACAUCACAUUCACAAACUGAAUGGCCCUGUCCUCGUAAUGCCAAUGUUCAGUAUGUGUCGAGAAGUAAUGAUGAAGAGAUAAAUGACAGCAUUAUGAAAUCUGAUGAUAUAAUCAACUUCAUAUCAGAAGUUAUCCCACGAUUUGAAUUGGCAUUGCAACAAAAUGAUACAUUUGAUCUGUUUGUUAACGAUUACUUUAACCUUGGCGAAGAGGAUAGUAUGUUUGGUUCGAAGUCAGAUAACCAUCUGAAAGAAUAUCAAUCUUUUACCGAUUUGCAAUUUAGCAAAAACAAAACUAUUUCAGAUAUCCAGUGGCAUCCAAGAAUAAAAGGUUUAAUUGCUGUGUCAUGCAUUGAACAUAUGACUUUCUAUGAAAGAAUCGACCGAAUGUCUCUCAAUUUAAUGACGCCUUCAUUGAUUUUAAUAUGGAGUUUUGCAGACCCGAUACAUCCUUUACUUUUGCUUGAAGCACCGGAUGAUAUUAUGUGUUUCAAAUUCAAUCCUUCCGAUCCAAACAUUAUAUGUGGUGGUUGCAUCAAUGGCCAGGUAGUGUUGUGGGAUAUUAGCAAAUACAAUGAUCAUUUGGAAAAUCAUCGAACACAUGGACAGGGAAGUCAAACUAAUCAAAAUCUAAGCUCGCUGCCCUCUUUUUUCCACACGGCAGCAAAAGAAAUUUCACCAAUAAUGCGGUACUGCGCAGUUUCCAGUAUUGAGUAUUCCCAUCGUAUGGCUGUAACAGAUAUCCAGUGGAUACCUGAUCAUAUGGAGAUUGGAAAACUGGGUGUGGUUUUUGAGAAUAAAUCUUCGUACUGCUCACAAAUAAUAACAUGUGCUUCUGACGGUUCUGUCUUAUUUUGGGACACAAACUCUUCGAAAUCCGCGACUGUUAUACAAAACACAGACGCUACAGUUAAUGAUCGACCAUCGACGUUUCAACAUUUAGACUUAGCAUGGAAACCUAUUUUGAAAGUGACUGUACAUCGAUUGAAAGGUUCAGGUGAUUACAGUCCUGUGAAAUUCAGUAUAUCUGAAGUUCAAAACACAACGAAACAGCCCGCCGUCAAAGAAGAAGUUCCAUCUGCACCUGUUCAAGAAGAGUUACAGAUGUCUGGAAUAUCAUUUAAAAGGAAAGACGAAGUAAAAUUGGAUGAUGUUGACACCAAGUUUUAUGUUGUCACUGAGGACGGAGAGUUGGUUUAUUUGGAUUGGAAGCCUACCAAAGACAUAGACACUGGAAAGAUCGUGUCCUCUCGUCCAGAAUUUUGCACAGAUGCACACGACACCGUCAUUACAACGUUACAGCGAUCUCCAUUUCUCAGAGAUAUUUUUUUAACCGUUGGUGGAUGGACCUUCUCAAUAUGGAAACACGGAGUAACGGUUGGUCCACUUUUUCAAUCUCAUUCACACGCCCACAAAUUGACAUCUGGUCACUGGAGCCCGUCACGCCCUGGCGUGUUUUUUAUUGGGAAAUCAGAUGGGAGUGUUGACGUGUGGGAUCUAUUGGAUAAAAGUCACGAACCAUUUCUUACGCAAAGUGUCACACCAGUCUCAGUGGUAUCUGUCUUUCCUCAUCAAAUUUCAAGCAAGCAACAAUUUUUGGCGGCUGGUGACGAAGUUGGUACUCUUCAUAUUAUGGAAGUGCCGUGGAAUCUUAGAACAGCUUCCACGAAUGAGCUUUCCAUCGUUGAACAUUAUCUGGAAAGAGAAGCAAACCGAUUGAUGCAAGUGGAUAAUCGACAGACCAACAGACCUGUAGUUAAAACAAAAGAUUCCAAUGCCACGGAGGCUGAAGAAGGACCGAUAAUGGCGCAAUCGGAUGAGGAAUGGGAGGCGAAAGCGAAGUUGGAGUAUUUAGAUUUCCUGGAAAUGGAGAAGCGGCUACUAGAUGAAUUGGGAUAUUCAAAUCAGAUGGAGUGAGACAUGCUGCAACACAAGUUGUAUAUAGUGGAGAAUAUUUUUUUUAUUCGUGUACAAAUGUAUAUAAUUAUAGUUGAUAAUAUAACUGUAGCAGUCAACAGCUACACUAUCUCUGGAA